UUUCUUGCAUCACUUCCUUCUGCCUAAAGAUCAAGAAAAUUUUGACUUGUUCUGAGUGGCGAUGGGCGUGGGCUGCUGUUGUUCCCACACUUCCCAUAUCACAGAAAUCAUCAUAACCAGCUUCUUCCGUCACAAGUGAAGAAUUUCAUUUUCUUUUCUUCUUUUUGUCCUCAAAGUUUAAGAUCUUCUGAUGAUGAUAUCUUGAAAGGAAAAAAAAGAAAGAAGAUUGAUCCUUUGGCUUGAAAAUUUUCAUGGCGGGUAGGAGGAUCUAUCAUAGUAAUACUAGUACUGUUGCUGAUUCUAAUAAUAUCUCUGUUUUGCUUCAAAGUCAAAGGGUUCCUUCCUCUUCUGAGCCGUUGUUCCCACACAUUCCAGGCUCUUGUCCGUCGUCUUUUAUCGUUCCAGGUACAAGAUCGAUGGUAAGCUUCGAAGGUGUUGAUCGGAACAGAUCAUUUUUCAGGACGUUUGAAGAAGAAGAUAAUGAAGACGAGAACAUAGAUGAAUAUUUACAUCGACCUGAAAAGAAGAGACGGCUUACCGUCGAGCAAGUCCAGUCUCUGGAGAAAAGUUUCGAGGCCGAGAACAAGCUCGAACCCGAAAGGAAAAUUCAGCUAGCUAAAGACCUCCGCCUGCAAUCACGGCAAGUUGCUAUAUGGUUCCAGAAUCGCCGGGCUCGAUGGAAGACAAAGCAGCUAGAGAAAGACUACAACGGUUUGCAAGCCAGCUAUACUAUCCUCAAGGCCGACUACGACAAUCUCCUCAAGGAGAAAGAUAAACUAAAACAAGAGGUUCUCGAGCUCACAGAUAAGUUAUCUAUGAAAGGGGAAGAGAAGCGUUCCGAGGGCGAAGAGUUUGAUUCAUCGCAAGACGAGGAAGAUGACUUGAGCAAGAACAUGUUACAUCUUCCUUCAUACGUCUUCCCUAAACAUGAACACGACGAUGAUUACUCCGACCCACCUGCAAGCUCCCGCAGUUUUGGGUUCCCUGUUGAUGAUCAUGCCUUGUGGUCUUGGGCUUACUGAGUUACUGAUAUACAUAUGUAAAAUAAGCAAUAAUAACCCCAUGGAUGGCAUUACAGUCCAAAUGUAUUGGUGACGGUGUUGUGGUCUUGUGGAUAUGUAAACUUGGUUUUCUUUGGGGUUCUUGGAGGUGGAUAAGCUUCAAUUCUCCAUGUGUGAAUGCUUAUGAAAUUUGAUUUGACAUUGUGUGUAAGUUCCUCCUCUACAGUUUCUGUCGCUUUCAUGGUGGGGACUGUUUAACGUAGAACAACAGUUUGUUGCUUUACAUCAGUUGACAUUUUCCAUGGAAUUUGGCUUUCACAGAA